GUCUGCCCGUUCUCCUUCCCGGAAAGUUGCACGUACACGUAUUUACAUACAUACAUACGUGUGUGCAUUCGUCUCUAUGUGUGUGCAUGUCCACCUUCGCGCGCAUACAUAGACUCCGCACUCCCUCCAGCCCCGUUCGGCCUCUUUGCCCACCGGCUGCGCUGCUUCUUCUGCUCCUCGUACUGCGACGACCAUCCAUAGACGCUCGGCCUCCUCUCGGUUGGCCAUCGGAGCCGCACAAGCGUCACCCGGGCCUCGGAACAGAUGGACGCAGCGAUCCAGCUCGCCAUGCUCUGAGCACGCCGAUUCUGCGUCUCGCUUCUGCUGCUUGCUGGAUUUUGCAUACUCCUCUCAGCCUCGCCGCAUCCGCACCGGACUCUACUUGCUUUCUCUUUCUCUAUCUCUCUGUCCGCUCUUCCUUCAGGUGCACAGUGGCCACCGCCUCGACGGUUCCACCAUCCUGAUACUGCGCGUCCCACCGGGUACGUCCCAUUCGCCGGAGAAAAGAGGUCUCGCUGCACGGCAGCGGCUACGUUCAGAACCCACACGGACGUACGCUCAUUCUCGGGCACAUUGUGGAGGCGUGCGUGCGCGCGUGAGCGGGAGCUGUUGAGAGCGCGCACAAAAAAAACCCGCAGCCGAGCCCGUAUCCUCGGGCGGACCGACGCUCCUCCCCGCCGCCGUCUGCACAGUCGCAAAUCUGUUUCCGUUUUGUUUUUCCCCAAUCAUGGCCGCCAUGGCCGAUCGCCGGCCCACGCAGCCUGGCGACACCUCCAUCUCAGCGUCCGGCAAAGCGCAGACCUGGGGCUACCACAACGCUUUCUCGACUCAUGCCACGCCUGCGCCGGAUGCGAGUCCUCCUUGCUAUGAGGCGGCCGUGGCGCGAUCGCCCGUCGCCGCCGCCUGCGCCGACGGCUCCGAGACGCUGCCCGCCUACUCGUGCGGCGUCCACUUCGAAGGCUUUCUGGACAUGCGCACCGAGCUGUCCAGCCCAUUUCUGAUCUCUCUCGACAACGACUGGCACCGCGUCCACGUCGAGCUGCGCGGUACGCAGCUGCACGUGCAUCGAAUCAAGCGAGCCAUGUUCAGAUCACGUGCCGACAAGCCCGGCCGCCUCCUGCGCACAUAUUCGCUGCAACACGCCGAAGUGGGCAUCGCCGUCGACUGGGUCAAAGGCGACCUGGUGCCGAAGGCGACGUUCGCCCGAAUGCUGCCCAGGCACGCGCAGCACCGCCUGUACGAAACCGACCCGGACCUGUUCGAGCCUGUGCGCGAGUUUGUCUUCCGACUGCGCGUCGAGGAGCAGCAGCUGCUCUUCUGCGCCUCGACCCAUGUCGCCAUGCUUGACUGGGUCGAGCAGCUAUGCAUCGCCAUCGACAUUGCCCCGCCGCUCGACGACCGUCACGAGCCGCGCUACCGCAGCUUGCCCCGCCGCACGCGCCGCCAGCGCCAGAUCGAGUCCGCCGCCCAGGCCGGUCCGGACGGGCCCAGUCGCGACGAGCUCGAGCGCCGCUUCAUCGCCGAGCAGGAGUCGAUCUUCCGCCGCAUGUACCCGAACCUGGCGGCUUCGCGGUCCGACGAGCACGUGCGUGUGGAUGACGACGCGCCAAUGACCAGAACCACUACUGCCGUCACCGCGAGCGACCGUGCCGAGACGGAGCGUGAUGCCGGCGGCCCAGAGCCGGACAACAACGAGUUUGACCGUGAGGACGCGCUGGGAGAGCCCGCUGACGGGGCGAGCUCCGGCCAAGCGGACUCCCGCGCACGCUCGGACGGCGACGACGGCGAGGACGAAACCGGCGGAUACGACCCCAAGACGGCACCGCCACGACCGCCCAUGUCGCAGGGGGCCCUGUGCCGCUUCCGCCGGCGCUGCGCUCCUAUCCUGUUGGCAUCGUCGCCGCGCGCCUCGCACAUUCUCUUUGUCAACGGCGGCCGCUACCAGAUUGACGCGCGCCGCUGCCAACUGGUGCCGUUCGUCAUGCGUCCGCCGCGCUACGACGCCCAUGCUGCUCCUGCCGCCGGUCAAACGCCUCGUCCUGUGCUCGAGCGCGGCGUCACCGCCUCCAGCCACUGGAGCAGCCGCAGCGCCGACGUCGAACCCGACUACGCCGCAGAGGCGUCCAGCGUCCACUCGACCAACAGCGCCCACGACGAGCUGCGCCGCGUCGACACCGCCGCGUCAGCCGUCGGCCAGAAGCUCGCCUCCAUGGCCAAGGCCAGGGCCUUCCUCACCGCAAAGAUGUCCGUCACGCCGCUGCGCCCCCUCCCCCGCGGUCUCGACGGCGACAUCAUCGCAAUCGCCCCUGUGCUUGUCUAGGCGGCUUGCACUGGCAAGGGACAGAGGCCGUGGUCGGUAAGGGGCAAGGUCGCGUCAAUCACGCUCCUCUGAAGAAAUUUCUUUUUUUACCAACCCCUCAUACCCUAAAUCUUUCUUGUUUGGUUCUCAUUGAUCGGGGGGUUCUUUCUUGUUUUCUGCGCUAGCGUCAUCCAUCGUCCAUCGUCGUCAUCAUCGUCAUCACGGAUUGCUUCGACCCGUCGCAUCAAAUACCCAAAUCUGUAUUUUUUUUUCUUUCUAUGUCGUCCUCUCUCUCUCUCUCUCUCUCUCUCUCU